UAGUUCCUCCAUAAACAGUGAUUUACAGAGGUCUUAUUUAUCCCGGAGGAAUAACAAGGGAAACGGAACGGAACGCACCCCACGCUCCGACCUGUGUCCCCUCUUAAAUCGUCCGUGCGGAAACAACAUCCUCCUCCACGGUUAGCACCCGCUGGCUGUCAUUCGUCCAAAGAGAGCCAGCCGGUGCGAUCGUGGCGCUGGCGGAGUGGAUACAUGAGAUCCCAUGUAAAUGAACACUUCCACCUCCGGAGGAUCUACAAACACGCGCCCUGUGUUCCGAGCUGACCCUAAACGCUUCGCGUGGAGAGAUAUACAAAAAAGAGAUUAAACUGCACUACUUUGGAGGAAACGCUGUGCGCUAAUCGGGCUGCUUCUCUCUGCAACACGGAGUGUGUAUCCUCCCUGCCGACCAUGCAUAGUGUGUGUGCGGUGAUCCUGGCGCUGGCCGCUGCCGCCUUCGCCUCGGCGGAAACGGACACACACCGGCUGAGACACGACUCCAACCUGGACAUCUACAAGCGUCUGUUCGAGACCAAGAGGAAGGAUCAGCUGAACGCGCUGAAAAAUCUGGUGGAGCUGAACGACAUCAACCAGCAAUACAAGAUCAUAGACAUCAUGCUCAAAGGACUGUUCAAGGUGUUGGAGGACUCGAGACAGAUCCUGGUAACGGCCAACAUGCAGCCUGACGACCCGUUCCCGAUGGACGAUAAGAUCAAAGAAGCUUAUUCCCAUGUGGUCGAGAACACGGCGUUUUUUGGCGACGUGGCGCUGCGUUUCCCCCGGAUCGUCCACCACUACUACGACAGGAACACGGACUGGGACGGGCUGCUGCGCUGGGGCCUGAACUUCUGUAACCAGACGGGGGUCUUCACAGGAGGAGCCCACCAACAUGUCCUCACACUGAUGUCACAGGAGCUGGGAAUUACAGAAAAAGCCCCAGACUUUAUAAACCCGUACCGCACAGAGAGAGACGACGUGCUUCACACUGCCGAGGCUUUCCAGAAGAUCCUGAGGGAGGAGGAGAAGAGGAGGAGGAAAGAGGAGAAGAGGAAAGAGAUCCGGAAAGGUCCUCGCAUCUCCCGCUCCCGCAACGAGCUAUAGCGCUGCACAACAGAGCGUCAGUGGAGCAAAAGAAGAGGUGGAGGAACGGUCAACAAGGGGUGGCUUGACUUGUAGACUCCGAUGACAGUGAAGGAAAUAAAAAGCUGUCAUCACUUGUACAAAAGCCAGGUGCUCUGUUGAGAACAAAACCUCAAGGUGACACAAAUAAAGUGGAAGUGGUUAGUCAGUUUCUGACGCAGGCUUGAAUUGCUGUACAUGUUUAUGUGCGAUAUAUAAUUGGAAAAUCUAACGUUGUAUAAGAGGUACAGACGUCUCAAGUAGGAGCUGAAAAGGGAAACUCAUUUUUGAUAACUUGAGGAUUCAAUAACUGUACUUUGGAAUAUAUUUAAUUUCAGUAUAAUCUUAAAAUAAACCCCACUGUGUUGUCUGUUCCAGAUUAUGUGUCUAAAACCCAUAUGCUUCAAAAUCUGUGUGUUUGCCAAAUAUAAAUGGUCCUCGCCUCUAUAAAUUCGGCCCGUUUCUGGAUAGGUUAAUUGAUGAUGGAUUACCAUUUUAUCUUUGUUUAAGAUAUUUUCCUUCAAUUGAGAUUUGUUAAAUAUAUCUAGAAGGAUGUUUAUGAGUAGGUAGGUUUAUGUUCUUAUUGCUGCUCAAACUUUAAAAGACACUUGUGUUUUGUUUGCCUGAAAGACAGUGUUCCUUCAUUUCUUCCUUUUUUUCAUGAUUCUUUGAGUAUUUUUGUUAAUCACCGUCAUCAGGGAUUCUUCCUUUUUACGUACAUUCUUUUCCAUCAUUCCCUGUUUCAGAUUUGUACCUUUAGUUAGUCAGAAUACUUUUAUCCUGUUGACUAUCUGUCAAACAGAGGUCCAGAAUCUACACAUUUAUCUUGCAACCCUGCACCUGCUUUGGUUUAUUUGUCCUUUUUCUAUUUAUCUUUGCUGGAAAUCAACAUAUUUUAAUGGUUUAGAUCUAUGGAAUUGAGAUUGUUGUAAUUUUGAAAUAGACUGUUAUAAAACUAUAUGUGUAUAUUCAGAGAGAUACUAUCAUUGCUGCAGAAUGAACAAGCCAUUUUGUUAUCAAAUUUAAUGAAAUAAAGUGACUCUGAUAUACAAAAUAAAGUGCAUUUCAUAUGUUAA